AUGUGGAUUCUGGAGAACUCUGAGGCCUUUGACAGCCGAAAGCUAUGGUUGCGACCAGGGAAAACAUAUUUGUUUGGCCGAACAGCAGCAGAACCUGGCCAAUUGGCUAUAUCGCACAACACCAUCUCGCGCAAACACUUGACCAUCACAGUCAGCCCCGUCGAACCAGGCCAGUCGCACAACCCCUCGAGCCGCUCUACCCUCACGAUAGAAGACCUCGCGACAAAAAUAGGCACCGUCGUCAAUGGAGAAAAAGUAAAGGGCACACAAAAGGUGAUCGAGGGAGACAAGGUCGAGUUUACUAUGGGAAAAUGCCCAAACAAGUUUUGCAUCUCGUGGGAACCAAUAAUCUUUGCGUUUUCAUUUUCUAGUAAGGAACUUCAAACGGACCCCUUGGCGACGCUUCGAGAGAGGUUUGAGCAGCUUGAUAUCAAGAUCGUCCACGAAUAUAUCAACACCACCACACAUGUUGUUUCGAAGAAGCGAAAUACUGCUAAAGGACUGCAAGCCCUGAUAAAUGGGAAGCAUAUUGUUACAGAGACUUUUCUUGAUGCUGUGGUUGAAGCUGGGACCUUACCAGAAGGCGCAGAGGCCACAGAGCUAAGUCCGCUGGAACAAGACCUCGUCCAAAACUGGCCCGAUGCGUUACAGCACUUGCCACCCAGAGGUGGUGAGCCUGUACAGCAUCCAGAUUCGACAUAUGCUCCAGACCCAGAACGAAAAGACAUUUUUGAGGGGUACACUUUUAUCUUCUACGACCAGGUCCAGUACGAUAACUUACUGGCACCCGUUACAAAUGGCGGCGGCAAGGCGAUGAUACGCAAAGUUAUACCAAUGGAAACCGAAGUGGACGAGUUUGUACAAUAUGUCAAGGGUGUCGCUGGGGAGAAAGGCCUCGGCGCUUUUGAUGAUGGCAGCGAAGGCAAAGGUGUUGUGGUUGUGCGUUUUAUACCCUCAAAAGGAGCUACCAUCGAUUGGUACGUUGAGUUCUUCAGGACUGUGUCCUUGAGAUUGGAUCAUCGUCCAAUUGAGCAGAGCGAAUUCUUGGAGGCAAUACUCAUAAAGGAUGCGAGUAUCCUUCGACGACCCCUUGAAGUCGAGUCUACCCAUAAUACCCAGGAGCCGAAUCACAUUCAACAAGAAGCUGAAGUAUCAGGCGGCUCACAGAAUCUAAACACACAAGCUCAGUCCCCACCGCCGCCUGAAGAGACACAAACUGCACCGCGUCGCGGACGAACGAGGAAACCCAUCAAAAAACGGUUCACGGGUUUCGAUGAUGAGAGUGAUAUUGAUAUGGACACUAUCCCUCCGGCCCCGGCCCCGGCUCCAGUACCUGUGGCUCAGCCUGCGACCCAGCCUACUACACAAAGACAACCAGAGGAAGAAGGAUUGUUUGUGUCUCAAGAGUUGGAUGUCCCUCCUGAGCCUCAGCCAUCCAGCAACACUCGCUCGUCGCAACGGAAGAGAAAAGCCUCGCCAUUGCCUGAAGAUGAUCUCAUGGAUGGCAUGACAACUGCGGCCGAGAAAUUCAAGCGUCAGCGGAUAGAAAGAGGUGAAGACAUGGGCGAGCCAGCUGAGCAGAUGGAAACUGAAAAGCCCAAGGCAGUCCCAACACCAAAAAAGAAGAUCAAGAAAGAAAUUGACAUUCUGGCAAUCGCUGCUCAAAACAGAGAAAAAGAAGAAGCCCGUGCUCGAGCAGAAAAAGAGGAUAUGGCAAAUCUACCCGACGAUGUUAACCUUUCAGAGAUUCGCAGGCUCAACAUAGUGGAAGAGAUGGAAGUGCGACAGCCUAUCAAUGGCCGAACGAGGGAGCAAGAUAUCCGCGAUGGGAGAUGGAAUCCUAAAUGGAAUGGGAUGAAGAACUUCAAGAAAUUCAGACCGAGAGGCGAGGCCUCAGGACGACAACCAGCGAGGACCAUUGUACCCCUGACGCAAGUCAAGACAAAGGAGUUUGGCGUUGGCGACGACUACUGGCUCGAGGAUGAGGGAACAGAUCAUAGAAAGAGCAACACAACCCAACCUGCAAGCAGAGAGACACAGCCUUCAGCUCCAUCGCCAUCGCCAACUCCUGUUUCUGCCCCAACACGCGGUCAGAAACGAACAGUUCCCAUUAUAUCUGACAGCAGUGGCGAAGAGGACAGUGGAAUUACGCAGAGAUCGUCAGCGCCAGCAACACGAACACGCGGAGCGCAAGCUGCAGCGUCACAGUCGCAAGCCAACACAAAGAGUCAAGCAUCCCGGGUUACCAGUAGUAGUCAGGGAAGCAAGCGAUCGGCAGCAGAGCCUGCUGCUGGACAGCAACCUUCAAAACGGGCGCGACCAACGAGAAUGGCUGUAGAAAUCGCCGAUAGUGACGACAGUGAUGAUGAGCUCAAGUUUCGGUUUGGUAAGAGACGGUAG